AUGACUUAAAAAGUUUUAUGAAUACCGCCCCUGGUCUUCAGCCACACUCUCAGUUUGCAAACAUACUCUCAGUGUCAGUACGCACCCACAGUCUCAGUCCGCUUCCAGACUCUCAGUCAGUAUCCACUCUAUCAGUCUGCAUCCAUAGUUUGUCCGCAGCCACAGUCCGCAUACGUAAAAGGGAACAAGUAUAUAAUUUUGUCCACAACAUUAAGAUGUAAGAAAGGAUAAGUUGAUUUGUUGUUGACACCACUUAUACUCCCUCUCCUUUCUCCCGACCCCCUUAAGCACUACAUUAUACUUAUUAUUUGUUUCAGCAUUUUAUUUGAAAAUAUAGCUUAUAUAAUCAUUUUUAUUUUGUAUUUUGUAUAUUUAAUAGGUAAAAACAAUAACAGGAACAAAACAGAAUAAUUUAUUUGGAUUUAAACAUACAGUUCAUCAUCCAUUAACAUGAUCAUAUAUAUAAACAAUAGUCAAUAUACCAUUUAGUAUUACAUUUUGACUGCAUUACAAACAUAUCAAAUAUAUACUACGGAGAACAUGCAUCAAAACUUAACAGGUUGAAUAUGAUGGUUGGGUCUAUUCCAUGUGCACCCGGCUGCACACCUAAUGCCCACAAGGCUUGGCUCUAAACAUACAGAAGUCGUGCUGUUAAGCUUCACCAUGAAACAAGACAAGCGAAGAAUUGAACUGUUAAUCUUUCUUUAUCAAAUUUAAAUGUUUUUUAGUUCAUAGUUCAUUGAUAAGGCCUGUUUUAGGGUUGUAUAUCACUAUCAAACACUUAGGAAUGCAAAUAAAGUGAACAGUCGCCACUUUUAAAAGAAAAUGACCUUUUACCUGUCAGACGAUAUUAUCAUUGAAAAGUAAUAUUUGCGGCCACAUGGAUGGGUAACUGCGUAUGGGUGACGCGGAUCGGUGCACAUGGAGUCUAUAGGAUAACUUAUAUACUGCCAGAAAAUACAUUAUCACGUGGAAACAGACAAAGAAUAGUUGGUGACGUCAGUUGCUACGUAAAGGACAUUUUAAGAUGGUGCAUACAAAUAUGACACGUGCUGGGCAUAAUCAAAUGGAGAUGGAUUAUAUGCAGCAAGGUAACAUAAGUCAUGAACACAUGAUGCACGAGAAAAUGGGCCAUGAUCAUAUGAUGCACGAGAAGAUGGACCAUGAUCACAUGAUGCACGAGAAAAUGGGCCAUGAACACAUGAUACACGAAAAAAUGGAUCAUGAACACAUGAUACACGGGAAUAUGGAUCAUGAACACAUGAUGCACGGGAAUAUGGGCCAUGAACACAUGAUGCACGGGAACAUGGGACACAACAAAAUGCAUCAUAUGUCUCCGUACUUCACAUUACAAUUUCAAGGCGAUUUCCUCAUCAAAGAUGUGAAGAUUUCAGCUCCAAGUGCGCCAAUGUCUGUUGUAGGUCAGGUGCUGGCGAUGAUAUUGGUAAUGGUGCUGACAGCGCUGUUGGAAGGCAUCAAUUACUGUCUCCACCUCCAACAGGCUGCCAGGCGAGCGGGCUUUGCCAACAAAUCGAAGCGUUCCAGUUCUCUAGUGGACGGCAGUCUACACGUUCUCUACGCCGUCCACAAGAUGCUGACAGUAGCCCUCAGCUACACAGUGAUGUUGUGCGUCAUGACAAUGAACGCUUGGAUUCUCGUGGCGGCGGUUAUUGGGGCUGGGGUUGGUUACCUCCUAUUGCGGCCGGCCGUUGCCUCCUGCUUUCCCGUCAGUGUGCCCGUGAAAAAUGUGAAGGAGGUCAAGGUCGCCGCGAACGAUGUUAACGGAACGGAUGGAACGGAAGAAGGGGAAAUGGACAGUUUUCUAGAGGAAGAUGAUUCAAAGAAAGCUAAUGAUGUGAUUCAUAAUAACUUUCCGACUGAUGGGCUGUUGCAAAACUAUACAUGUGUCGAAACUGUUUAGUAAUUUAUUCCGUAUACUAUCUAUAUACAUGGUUAAAAUGUGAUUUCCCAUCAGGCACACGGCGUCAGUUUUGAUGAAGCUUACUUAAAAGCAGUCGUUGGCUUUAGGUAACGGAGCAUAAACGGUAUACAUACAACUGUGUAUUGUUUUAUUAAAGUGUUCACUUUGUUG